AUGCGCGACGCGGGCGAGGUCGAGGUGGCAGAGGACGUGCACGUCCUCCCUGAAGUGGAGGAGUGGGUGAACCCCCUGUAUGCAACCGCCGCAGAUGACGAGGAGGCGGCAAAGGUGGCGGAUGCCGAGGAUGCCGGGGACCUCCCUGAGGAGGAGGAUGAGGAGGAGGAGGAGGAGGAGGAGGAGGAGGAGGAGGAGGAGGAGGAGGAGGAGGAGGAGGAGGAGGAGGAGGAGGAGGACGAGGCGGAGAAAGGGGAAGAACAGGAGGAGGAUGAGGAGGAGGAGGAGGAGGAGGAGGAGGAGGGUGGGCUGGAGGACAACGCGGACGAGGAGUGA